CGGAAGAGUUCCUGGUAAUUCUCCUGUGAUCCACGGAACUGCAGAGUCUUGAUCGUGUGAUGCAGACUGACCGAUUGUCGCCUCCUCAACCCUAUCGUUUUAGGAGGUUAUACUUUCGGUUAACGUUGGCUAUGAAAGAAAAACAAUCUAUUUUUGCUGAGUGGACCAUGUCCACAGCUUCACUUGCCUAGACGCCUGGUGGUGCGAUAACACGGUGACUGUGAACUCUGAUCUUCAGUCUCAUGAUGUAAAAGAACUUUUUCUGUAUGAUGGUGCAGACAGCUGAAGUGAAGUGAACGUUUUUAUUAUAUAUAUAUAUAUCAAGAUGGAUCAGUACUGGUCCGUCAACCCGAGUUCGGGCAGUAAACCUUACAGAAACAACAACAGCUGCCAAAACAAUGACUACGUUGGCCAAAGUGGUGUUUGUGGUGUACUUUUAAAGCAAAAGUCUGACCCCAAAUGUGGGCUUUUAAAGCCAACGUCUGAUCCCAAAGGUGGGCUUUUAAAGCCAACGUCUGAUCCCAAAGGUGGGCUUUUCAAACAAAAGUCUGACCCCAAAAGUGAAGUGAGCACGGACUCUGGCCUUGUCAAGUCUCCUACGAUAUACAAGGACGACUCACAAGAGUCGAAUGAGAUCGGCAAACGUGGGGCUGGACCUUCCUGGCCUCAAGAGGCGAAACCACUGUUGACCAGGUUUCUAGAAAAACAGCCUGAACUUUCUUUAGCGGUGUCCAGGUUUUGCACCAGUUUGAGCGGCUCACAGCCACAGGAGCAUGCCAGUUUGAGACGAGCCUCGAGCUGGCCAAUUUUCUGUUCGAGUCUACAAAAUGAACCUCCGGAGAUCACAAGUCGUUCUGAGUUUUCAUUUGAUGAUUCUUUUGUUGAUACACCAGCUCUGAAAAGACACUGGCGAAUUAAUCGUUUUCCAUCGACAUUAAGUCAAUUUGCAAAUUAUGAAAAGGAAAAAGCGUGUGAUACUGAGGAGAUGAGGCAAGGGGGGGAGUAUUCUCUUCUUGAAGUAUUCACUGUUGAUAAGCCUAUUGAGGAACUGGCUGCCUCUCAGGAUGUUGAGAGAGGUGAUUUCAGUCAAUCCACCUCCUCUGACGAUCAGUCAAUUCGGCCUAAUUGUAGUAAUGACCACCAAACAAGGCGUGUGGCAAAAGCAGGACACUUGACUCGCCAGGUAAGCUUUGAUGGUGAUCGUGUCAAUUUCUCACCGCUGAACGGAGGAAUUGAUUUGGUAUCGGCUGCGCAGCGAAAAAGCCAAGUCGAGGGCCCGGUUUCCAUCAUCAACAAAAACUCCUCUAACAACACGUGUCCUCGUCCGACAAAUGAACUCCGCACGACUAAUUCAGACCCUUCUUUCUCGUCUUUGCAAGGUAAAAAUAGCGAAUUAGAAGCUCAUUCUGUUGUGGAAGGUGACAGUUUAAUUGACCGGCAGCUUCCUAACGCUCUCAACUUACCAGCCUUUGACAUGCUGAGCUUUGGAGGUUUUUCAAGUGGUGGUAGCGUUGAAGGCGUGAACGGUUUACGACCCGACAAUGGCAGCUUUUCCAGUUCUCUGAACAAGGAGUUAGAGAGCUCAUUGCCGCAUCUGUUCCCGUCGGGGAUUACAUGGAAGUGGGUUCUGUACCAAGUUACCAGGGAAUUGGUGAAGGCCAGGGGAGACAACUUGAAUAUCGGCAAGGAGAAUGAAAAACUGAAACAGAGCUUGAAAGAGCAGCACAGAAAGUUUGAGGUGGUUCAUCGACAGCUGGAAGGUGAAAAGCUCAAAGCAGAAAAAAGUACUCAGCAGUUUAACAGAUUGUAUUGGUUUUGUCAGGAAAGAGAAGCUGUUGUAGAAAAACUGGUGACGGAAAGAUAUAAAGUGCAGGGCGAGAAUGUGUGGCUGAAACGGAAUUAUGGGGAAUGCCAGAUGGAGUGUGAGAAGCAUCGCACAUGGCUUACAGAAACUGAGAAGAAACUGAACAGAAUUAAGAGGGAGGAUGACUCAAAGCAAAGGAAGAUCAGAGAACUCGAGGCCGAGAUGGACAAAGUCCAGAAUAAGUUGCAACGCUCACAAGCCUGUUACGACCAAGUUUGUUGUAUCUUGAAGGAAGAGAGGGACCACAGGACUUCUGAAAUUGCAGAGCUCAAAAUCCAGAUUGAGAACCUGAAAGAUGAGAAUGGCAAGCUGCAGUACAAACUGGAACUGCGCAUGAAACAGAAAUGGCCCUCCCUUCCCAAUAUCCCUGAUGGUGCCGGGACACAAAGCUCAAGUGGUCACUCUCAAUUUCCUGGCUAUCAGCGGAACUUUUGAGUGUCCAGCAGUCAACUUGUCUCACUGGUCAAACAGCGGGUGGUCAGACAGCCAGUGGAUUGGACAUGCUCUCAGGAAGUCAGGCAGCUGCGUAAUGGGUACCCGUUCGAUGCGCAGUGCACGCCUCAGGAACUUUGUUGGUUUGGAAAUGGUUCGUGGAAAACCACAGAUGAGGAUUUUGAACGUGAUUCAAGUUAUAAAAGUGAUGCGGACGAUGUUCCUGAUAUUUCCGUGUCGUUCGAACUCCGAGAUCUUGCCUUUUGUUACUUUUAAAUGAUUUAUUGAUUUUUGUGAUUUUUUGGUGCUUUUCAAGCAAUUUUUUUCUUUUUCAUU